AUGGCGCGGAAGACUUUGUCCCGCAAAACCACGAAUCUACUGAUAUUCAUCCUGCUGGUGGCGAUCGUGGCCUCAGUGCUCAAGAUCAGUCUGCCUGAUACUUCCCUACACCCAACAAGCCUUUACCACCAUGCCACCGGCCAGGAUAAAGGCGAAGCAGACUACUGGGAAUGGGAAACCACCACGCGUUUCGCUCCUCCUAAACAUCAGUUCACCGCCAGUUCCAGCGCUGAUGAUGACCAUCUUUGUGACUCCUUCCCCACCUAUGUGCUGUCACGUAUCCAGGUCGUGCUGAAGAUCGGGGCGUCCGAGCCGGCCGAUCGUGUGGACGCUCAGAUCUCGACCGUCACCCGCUGUAUUCCGAACCUCCUCAUCGUCUCCGAUCGCGAAGGCGAGCUCAAUGGCCAUCGCGUGCACGACAUCCUCGCGACACUUCCCGAAUCGUUCCGCUUCAAUGUGACGGACCUUGAGCCCUAUGAGGCCUUGAGGCGGGGAGAUGAGCAGGCGGUGGGAAGCGACGAAGGCUGGCAUCUGGAUCGCUUCAAGUUCUUGCCCAUGGUCGAACGCGCCCAUGAGAUGAACCCGACUGCGCAGUGGUAUGUUUUCCUGGAGUCCGAUACCUACUACGUCUGGGACAAUCUCUUCCGCCUCCUCGAUCAGUACGACCCGUCGGAGCCCUUGUAUUUCGGGUCGCCAUCACCCGGACGGGAGAUCGCCCAAGGAAAGCCCAUGUAUUUUGCGUACGGUGGCGCAGGGUUUGUUCUUUCCGGGGGCGCGAUGAACAAGGCGGUGCACAGGCGUCACGGUUCUAUGGGUGAAUACAUCGAACCAUCUUUGAGUCUGCAGUUUGAGGAUAUAGUGAAGGGCGACUGCUGUGGGGACUCCGUGCUGGGCUGGGCGCUGUACCAGAAGGGCGUCAAACUGUCGGGGUUGUGGCCUAUGUUUAACCCACAUCCGCUUCAUAGCAUCCCAUUCGACCAUGCGUAUUGGUGCCAGCCGGUCAUCAGCAUGCACAAGACUUUGUUGUCAGACAUGAAGGGACUGAUCGACUGGGAAAACCAACGUGAUCGCAAGAAACCUUUACUAUACGCGGAUCUGUUUGAAUACACGCGCAUGGGGACCUUCGAAAGCAAAGCCGACUGGGAUAACGGGGACUGGGGUGGUUUCAGAGAGCCCAAUGAGUCGCCGGCACACGUCUCGAUGGAAGCCUGCCGGACUGCGUGCCAUGAGCAUCUAGAGUGCCUGUCGUAUACCUACGAUCAUUCCGGCCAUUGUAUCUUUGUGCGGACAAUGCGACUGGGCCAUAGUAAGCCGCCUACGCAGGAAGUGCGGCUCUCUGCCGGGUGGGACGUGGAGAAAAUGCGAACUUGGCGGGAUUCGCAUCGAUGCGAGAAGCUAUGUGGGUGA